AUGCCAAAAGCCACCACGGAUCGUUUCUCCAGGGCCCAUCGGCCUUCGGUGAAGCAAACGUCGUUGAGUAGCGCCACGCACGGGGCUUCGCUUGUGACGAGGAACCCGAUGUUCAAUACCGAGCGAUUUGGUCAACAUAUCCUCAAGAACCCCCAGAUAUCUGAGGAGUCAGUUCAUGCUAAUGUAAAACCGACGGAUACUGUUCUGGAAGUGGGUCCCGGAACGGGAAACCUCACAGUUCGAAUCCUAGAGAAAGCAAAAAGCGUCGUAGCUAUCGAAAUGGACCCCAGAAUGGCCGCGGAACUGACCAAACGCGUGCAGGGAACUGGUGCACAGAAACGCCUGCAUAUUAUGAUCGGUGAUUUCGUCAAGGCCGAUCUCCCUUUCUUCGACAUCUGCAUAUCGAACACACCGUACCAGAUCUCCUCCCCGCUCAUCUUCCGCCUGCUCUCGCAUCGGCCUCUAUUCCGCGUCGCCAUCUUAAUGUUCCAGAAAGAAUUUGCUAUGAGGCUCGUGGCGCGCCCCGGCUCGCCGCUCUGGUCCAGACUGUCAGCGAAUGUCCAACUCUAUGCUAAAGUCGACCAUGUAAGGGCGGUCAGCCGAAACAACUUCCGACCGCCUCCGCAGGUAGAUAGCUCGGUAGUGCGGCUUGUUCCUCUCGAUCCGCCCCCGCCCGUCAAGUUCGAGGAAUUCGAUGGGCUCACCAGGAUCGUAUUUUCCAGGCGAAAUAAGACUGUCCACGCCAAUUUUGCGGCCAAGGGCGUCUUGGCUAUGCUGGAGAGCAAUUGGCGCACUUGGUGCUCGGAGAAGGACAUUACGAUCACCGAUGAAGAGGAUUUCAAGAAGAAAGUGGAAAGCAUAUUGGAAGAGAGCGGGUACGGCGCCAAGCGCGCCGCGAGCCUGGAUGUCGAUGAUUUUCUCAAGUUGCUAUCCGCAUUCCACGAUUGUGGCAUCCAUUUUGCGUAA